UCCGGGGCUGGUACGGGCCCGCAGCGGGCUUCCCGCAGCGGAGCGGCGGGGCUUGGGCGGGGGUUCCGAGGCCAGCGGGGAUGGGACAUGUGUUGUCUGAGGACCCAGGUUCGGGCUUCGGUGCGCGCCCCCUGCCCGGGCCCGAAGCAUCUCCUGUCCGACGCCGGGGCCGGAUCAAGGUGGGGGCACUUUGUCUGCGGGGCAGUAGCGAGGCAUCGCCCGGCCAGGGACUCCACGAGGUGUGCUCGAAAAUUAUUGUUUUGGGGGGUGGUGCUUAUUAGCCACUAUUUGCGGCAAUUUGAAGCUUACGGUAGGGCUUCUGGUCCCUGCCUCAGGGGAUUUUCUGCCCCAGAGAGACGCUCUGACAGCAGCUGAGUUUUUUAUGUUCAGAUUUGUGUGUGUCAUGGCAUUUUUAAUGCUUGAUGUCAGAAGUGAUAAAUGGCCGCGGUUCUGGGGAGCCUCUGAAGCACCUGCUGGGCCGACGGUGCUGGAGGCUGUCUGAGGCUAGGACGGGAGAAAUGAACCAGAUCCUGUUUGGAUAUUCUGCUGAAGUUAUCAAGUUUCUGUUCAACUAUACCAGUUCCAGAACAAAUCGAAAAAUUCAAUUUUAGGACUUAGUGAUAGAUGAUGAGGUUUGGGUGCAGCGAGACCCUGGGUGAUCUGGUUUGACUAAGAAUGUUUGGGGUAGCCUAAAUGCCUUACCAUUUCCCGUUGGCAUGUUCAUCUUCUUGCUGUCACCAGUGCCAGAGUACAUGAAUGAUUCCAGGAGAGGAAAGAGCUAGGGGAGGCACAGGCCUGAUGUUUUCAAAUGAACAAGUGUGUAUCUAGGAAAAGGAAAAUCUCUUUAUCUACAGGGUUGGUAGGAUGAGAAAACUUGCUCUUUGGUUGAGAACCAUCCAUCCACACUAAUACUUAAUUGUGUAAUGUCAUGGAUAUUAAGGACUGAGUGGUCAGGACGGUUAUAGAUGCCGUUCUUAAGGUUUGUGUGAUUUGAAUUUUCAUAAAUAGUAUUGAAACUAAAGCAUUAUUACAUAAAGGAGUCCUAGGGUGAAUCUUUCUAUGAAUCCUUCAAGGGGUUUUAGAUUUUUAUAUGCGGAUUCUAUUCUAUUUAAGAUGGAAUACACAUGUCUAUUUGGAUUCAUCUUUACGGUGGAGAUAAUCCUGAGUCAUGCUUUCGAGAAGUUCCUUCUGUGGUCAAGAGCUCCGAUGUCUGGCCAUCUCUAUAAAAGCUGGAUGGUUCCCUGUACCUGUAGUUCUCCCUUCUGGAGCUCUGGGGAAAGGGAGACCUGGGGAGACUGGAAGCAAAUGAAGAGGUCUUUUCUUUGAUAUUUGUCCUGCCUUCAUGCCAGUGUUCUAAAUUACUUGUGUUCACACUCUCAAGUUUCUCAAUUUACCACAGAAAUUUUGUUUAUACUGCCACUUGUAUUUUCAUAUUUGUUUAAUUCUGGCCAGUUUACAAAUGUUUUUCUAUUCAUGAUCUUGCUUAUUUUCUCCUUUUCUGCAGAGAAGCAGCUGGGCAUAAAGAGUGAUUUAACCAGGGUCUCAUAAGUAGAAUUGGAGCAGAAUUGAGAUAUAGAUCUUCACCCAUUCUCUUUCCUCUGUGCUGGCCUGCAUGGGACUGCAGAGCCUUAGUUCUGACCUGUUACCCUCUAGGUCACUUGUUGUCUUGCUAUUGUGCCUAAGUGGUAUUACUGCUUUUGGGAAGGUGGCAUUCUCUUGUUUUAUCCUGUAGAAACUGAGUGGGUGUAAGAGGAAUUUAAUAAUUUUGUGACUAUUUGUGAUAGCUUUUUAGUAUUAAAGUCAAUUUUCAACUUAGCCUUUCUUCUAGAACAUGGGAGAGAAGAGAGAGAAAAAAGAAUGUUUUAGGAAAAAGACAAUCCAUUCCUUUAGAGGUAUAGUUAAGGAUAACCUAACAUCACAGUCACAUUCUCCUGUGUGCCUGGCUACUUGCGCCAGCCUGUAUGUGAAUGUUAGCCCAAAACACUCCUUUAGAUGUUGCUGAACUAGUUACUAUAAAAAGUAUUUCACUUUCAAACUCCCACAUUUCAAGAACAGAGAAAUUCGGUACAAAGGUAAUUCAAAAGUAUGUAUAGAUGAAGUUUAUUGAAUCUCCUUUCCGGAAUGCCCGGCACAAAGAAUACAGUAGAAAGGUGUUUUAUUUCCUUCUUUCCUUUCUUUUUCUUUUCUUUCUUUCUUUGCUUUUUAUAAUGCGGAACACUUCAGGAACCUGUGUGUCAUCCUGGAGCAGGGGCCAUGUAAUCUUCUCUAUAUUGCUCCAAUUUGAAGCGAGCCCUAGAAAGCCAUUUUAAAAGAGUUGCCUGGAAACUUUGGAAAGGCAGUAGCUAUAGGUUUUUAUUAUUUAGUCAAGUUUGGAGGUGUGUGUAUUGCAAUGUAUAGAUUGUUAUGUAGGAGUAGAACUUUUGCCCCAGAGAAUUCUUAGUCUGUACCUGAAAUAAUAAACCCAGAAUAUUUGUGUUCAAUUAGUUCAUCAUAACCGUGAAGCCUGUAAUUGCUAUUCUGCAGUAGUGAGGAAAAUGGCUUUCAGGGGUUCUUUGGUUUUUCUUUAAGGUAUUGACUUGUUUAUUGUGCAUUUUUCCAGAUUUGCUACUUUGGAAAAUUCUUAGGAAGUUUUCUUAAGGCUUUUAUAAAUUUUUUUAGCAUUUUUCUUAACUUAAUUAUCUGCUAACAGAAUUUAUACAUUAACCCUGGAAGCUUAAGUGGGGGUGAAAAUAGUGUUUUUCAGUACUGUUAUAUUUUUGGAUUUGUCACCCAGUUGCCACAAGACUUUUAUUUGGGCCAAAGGUCAUAUUUUUUUCCAGGUGAACUGAUUUUACAAGGUCUGGAGCCUUUUUUGAACUGUAUAAUUAUGCUUGGCUUUUUCAUUGUUACCCUCAUAAUCUCCAUUCCUGGCAAAUUUUCUGAAAUACUAGGUUUUCUUUGUCUUCAUCAGUAAAACAAGCCCAUUUGAUGCCCAUUUCAAGAUUUCCUCCUUGUCUUGUGGUCAUUUAACUUCUCAUUAAGCCCCCACUGGAGACUGUGCCAGAAGGGAGAAAGGAUGAAAAGCAAAUAAAUCAUUUUCUAAUUGUUAGCAGCUCUGGAAAAUGAUUUAGAAGAGAUUGAAGCUAUUCCGGAAAUUCUUUUGGAUUAUAUUCUAUUUCAUUCAUCUGCACUGUCUCUGAGAUGUUCCUAAUAGUUAUCAAUUCAGAGGCUGAUUGGAAGACCAGAAUGUUCCUGCUUUUUUUUGGUUUGUUUCUUGCUGUAUCUAAGCAUUUCCAUAGAGGAUAUUUAAUAGAAGUAAGGAGUAGAGAUAAAAUUUAAACUAAUCAAUAUUAUUUUUUCCCUUAGAGCUUUUUAGUGAACAAUUUGAUUUUUGGGGGGUAGUUUAGUCAUUGGUAUUGAAUGUGAAUAAUAGUAAUUUCAUUUUAUUUUGAUGUAUCUUGUAUACAAGUGUAAGGAGAUUUGGGUUGCUUUUUAAGAAACACGGGUUUAUGUAGAUUACCAUAAUUGCUUUCUUGAAUUAUUAAGCUUGAGGUUUCAUUACAUCUCUGUACCAGAAUAGAACCUUGGCUUUUACUGUGGAACGGAUUCAGGGGCAUCAUAUGAUUUUCUUUUUAUGAUUGCUCAAGAAGUUAUCUUGUUUUGAUUUAGCAGUGAAAAAGAAACAAGAAAGGAUUACUAGUGGACACACCUUGCAUAACAGUUAUAAUGUUGAUGAUGUCUGGUUUUUUUUUUUUCCUUGUCUUUCUUUGGUCCCCCAUUUUUCAUUCAGCCAUUUGGAUAUUCGUAUAUUGGAUUUCCUCACUUAUAAACAGGACAGCAGCCUUCAAUCACACUAUUUCCCUGGAACCUGGGCUCCCCAGACGCCGCGCUGGAGCAGAUGGAUAAUGGAGACUGGGGCUAUAUGAUGACUGACCCAGUCACGUUAAAUGUAGGUGGACACUUGUACACAACGUCCCUCACUACAUUGACGCGAUACCCAGAUUCCAUGCUCGGAGCUAUGUUUGGGGGGGACUUCCCCACAGCUCGAGACCCUCAAGGCAAUUACUUCAUUGAUCGAGAUGGACCUCUUUUCAGAUAUGUCCUCAACUUCUUAAGAACUUCAGAGUUGACCUUACCCCUGGAUUUUAAGGAAUUUGAUCUGCUUCGGAAGGAAGCAGAUUUUUAUCAAAUUGAGCCCUUGAUCCAGUGUCUCAAUGACCCUAAGCCUUUGUAUCCUAUGGAUACUUUUGAAGAAGUUGUGGAGCUAUCUAGUACCCGGAAGCUUUCUAAGUAUUCCAAUCCAGUAGCUGUCAUCAUAACUCAAUUAACCAUCACCACCAAGGUCCAUUCCUUACUUGAAGGUAUCUCAAACUAUUUUACCAAGUGGAAUAAGCACAUGAUGGACACCAGAGACUGCCAGGUUUCCUUCACUUUUGGACCCUGUGAUUACCACCAGGAAGUUUCUCUGCGGGUCCACCUGAUGGAAUAUAUCACAAAACAAGGCUUCACGAUCCGCAACACCCGAGUGCAUCACAUGAGUGAGCGGGCCAAUGAGAACACAGUGGAGCACAACUGGACUUUCUGUAGGUUGGCCCGGAAGACGGAUGAUUGAUCUCUAACCCUGGGAAAAGUUUCUGGAAACUGACUCUCCAAUAGAUGGAAAAGACUGAUUUUUUUUUAAUCACAGUGUGGGAUUUUUUAAAAAAAAUUUUUGUAUUUAUUUGCAGGCAUUGAAGACCAGAAGGAAGUUUUGUGCUUUAGCAGAAUCCUCUAUGUUUUGUUCACUUUGCCCUGAGUAUGCAUGUGCCUGUUCAGAGCCUCCAGAUACCUUUUUAUAAAAGAAGUCUGAAAUUAUUAUGGUAUAUAAUCUACCCUUAACAGAGCUUUUUUUUUUAUUAUUAUUACAGUGCUAAAAUGAUUUCUGAUUAAAUAGUCCCUAGCUCAACUCGAAGACUAAGAAAUGCAGAGCUGAAAGAAUAAACAGAGUAUGCAUGAUGCUUUUGACAAAAAUCAAACAUCAUGCAGGGUGACCUAGUUUCCAGACCAAUAAGUUGUAUCAUAAUAUUAAAGGAAAACUGUUCUAAUCAUUUAAAAGUACUUGUUAAGUACUGCUUUUUACAGUUAUGACAACUGUUUCUUUCUAUGCAUAUAAAUCAAGCAACCAAAUAUCUGUAGCCAUGGAAAUGUCUGACUAGAAAUAUUUAUAUUGGAUUCUGAAUACAAAAUGUCCCUGUGGUAGAAAUCUUAACUUCUUGAGCCUGGUGCAGUACUAAUUCCCAAGUGUACUGUCUACCAGGAAAAAAAAA